AUGUCACUUUCCUCAACACCAUUCUCAUAUCAGGGAUAUUCAUCGGAUGUCUCAUCAUCUGAGUAUUACUGUCUUGAUUCCAAUGAAACUGAAUGCUUAGAGCAUUAUGAAAAUAAUUUGGAAAAAUACAAAGAUGAGCGAGAUGCGAUUCAAAAGAAAACAUUUACAAAAUGGGUGAGCAAACACCUUGGCAAGACUGGCCUACAUGUGGAAGAUCUCUUUGUUGAUCUCACUGAUGGAUACAAUCUCAUAGCAUUGCUCGAGGCACUUUCCGCUGAGAAGCUGCCUCGUGAAAAUGGGUACACACGUUUUCAUAGGAUACAAAAUGUGCAAUAUUGCUUGGAUUUUUUGAAAAGGAAAAAUAUCAAAACCGUCAAUAUUCGACCAGAAGAUAUUGUGGAAGGAAGUCCUAAGUUAACUUUAGGACUUAUCUGGACGAUUAUUUUAAACUUCCAGGUUUCUGUAAUCAAGCAACGUCAGCGAGAGAAUUCUGGUACUCAG